AUGGCCCCCUCGGCCUGGGCCAUCUGCUGCCUCCUGGGGGGCCUCCUGCUCCACGGGGGCAGCCCCAGCCUUGGCCCCAGCGUGCCCCGCCUGCGGCUCUCCUAUCGAGAUCUCCUGUCUGCCAACCGUUCUGCUGUCUUUCUGGGUCCCCGGGGCUCCCUGGACCUUCGGGCCAUGUACCUGGAUGAGUACCGGGACCGCCUUUUCCUGGGGGGCCGUGAUGCCAUCUACUCUCUGCGGCUAGACCAGUCGUGGCUGGAUCCCCGGGAGGUCCUGUGGCCACCACAGCCAGGACAGAAGGAGGAGUGUGUUCGUAAGGGAAGAGACCCUUUGGUGGAGUGUGCCAACUUCAUACGGGUGCUGCAGCCCCACAACCGGACCCACCUGCUGGCGUGUGGCACCGGGGCCUUUCAGCCCACCUGUGCCCUCAUCACGGUCGGGCACCGUGGGGAGCAUGUGCUCCACCUUGAGCCCAACAGUGUGGAAAGUGGGCGGGGGCGGUGCCCGCAUGAGCCCAGCAGUCCCUUCGCCAGCACCUUUGUAGGUGGGGAGCUGUACACAGGCCUCACGGCUGACUUCCUGGGGCGCGAGGCCAUGAUCUUCCGGAGUGGGGGUCCCCGGCCAGCUUUGCGUUCUGACUCUGACCAGAACCUCCUCCAUGACCCGCGGUUUGUGAUGGCCGCCCGGAUUGCUGACAACUCCGACCAGAACGAUGACAAGGUGUACUUCUUCUUCUCGGAAACUGUGCCCUCGCCCGAUGGUGGCCCAGGCCGUGUCACUGUCAGCCGCGUGGGCCGUGUCUGUGUGAAUGACGCAGGUGGCCAGCGAGUGCUGGUGAACAAAUGGAGCACUUUCCUCAAGGCCAGGCUGGUGUGCUCCGUGCCUGGCCCCGGUGGUGCCGAGACCCACUUUGACCAGCUGGAGGACGUGUUCCUGCUGUGGCCCAGCUCAGGGAAGACCCUCGAGGUGUAUGCUCUGUUUAGCACAGUCAGUGCCGUGUUCCAGGGAUUCGCCGUCUGUGUGUAUCACAUGGAGGAUAUCUGGGAGGUUUUCAAGGGGCCCUUUGCGCACCAAGACGGUCCCCAACACCAGUGGGGACCCUAUGGGGGCAAGGUGCCCUUCCCUCGGCCUGGAGUGUGUCCUAGCAAGAUGACAGCACAGCCGGGACGACCCUUUGGCAGCACCAAGAACUACCCAGACGAGGUGCUGCAGUUUGCCCGAGCCCACCCACUUAUGUUCCGGCCCGUGCGGCCACGGCUGGGCCGCCCCGUGCUUGUCAAAACGCACCUGGCCCAGCAGUUGCGCCAGAUCGUGGUGGACCGCGUAGAGGCAGAGGAUGGGACCUACGACGUCAUCUUCCUGGGGACUGACUCAGGCUCUGUGCUCAAGGUCAUGGCCCUCCAGGGUGGGGGCUCCACUGAGUCUGAGGAGGUGGUCUUGGAGGAGCUCCAGGUGUUUAAGGUGCCAACACCCAUCACUGAGCUGGAGAUCUCUGUCAAAAGGCAAAUGCUGUAUGUGGGCUCGAGGCUAGGCGUGGCCCGGCUGCACCUGCAUCAGUGUGAGACUUAUGGCAGUGCCUGUGCCGAGUGCUGCCUGGCCCGAGACCCGUACUGUGCUUGGGAUGGUGCCUCCUGCACUGGCUACCGGCCCGGCACCAGCAAGCGCCGGUUCCGCAGGCAGGACAUCCGGCAUGGCAACCCUGCCCUGCAGUGCCUGGGCGAGAGCCAGGAAGAAGAGGCUGCAGGCCCCGUGGCAGCCAGCACGGUCUACGGCACGGAGCACAACAGCACCUUCCUGGAGUGCCUGCCCAAGUCUUCCCAGGCUGCCGUGCACUGGUUCUUGCAGAGGCCAGGAGGCCAGGGGCCCGACCAGGUAAAGACAGAUGAGCGAGUCCUGCAGACAGAGCAGGGGCUGCUCUUCCGCAGACUCAGCCACCUGGACGCUGGCAUCUACACCUGCAAGACACUGGAGCAUGGCUUCUCCCAGACCGUGGUCCGCCUGGCUCUGGAGGUGAUUGUGGCCUCGCAGCUCAACAGUCUGUUUCCUCGGGAGCCGAGGCCAGAGGAGCCCCCAGCCCGGGGAGGCCUGGCCUCUACCCCCUCCAAGGCCUGGUAUAAGGACAUCCUGCAGCUCAUUGGCUUUGUCAACCUGCCGCGGGUGGACGAGUACUGUGAGCGCGUGUGGUGCUCCUCCAGGAGCCGAGGCAAACAGGCCAAGGGCAAGAACUGGGCGGGGCUGGAGCUGGGCAAGAAGGUGAAGAGCCGGGUGCAGGCCGAGCGCAAUCGGACGCCCCGGGAGGUGGAGGCCACGUAGAAGAGCGUGGAGGAGAGGGUGGUCGGGAUGCACCGGGUGGCCCAGCAGCCCCCAGAGUCUCCCACCCACCCAGCUAGGGCAGAGGGGGCCCAACAUGCCCGGUUGCCUCUUAGAGAUGGGAGUCCCUGCCCCCCAUACUUCUACCAGGCUGCCCACAGGAAAGGCUGGGGCCCGAUGGAGGGGCCCCGUGUCCAAGGCCCGUUCCCUGCCCCUCUGUGCUCCCAGUCCUAGGCUGGAGCCAGCACCCUCUGGCUGCGGCCAACCCCGGCGGGCCUCCUGUUUGUUCUCAGAUAUGGCCCCCAGAGCACAUUUCCGGUUGUGCCCGGCGGUGAGAGGGCUGGGUGGUUCUUUCCCAGCCAGCAGAACAAUGGCCAUUCUGAGUGACCCUUGGAGUGGGUGUGUGGGUGCGUCCGAGGAGGUGCCUGGGCAGGGGGCCUUAGGCAGCCAGAGGAAGAUAGAGGUUGCCUCUAAGCUAGCACCCAUUAAGAGGACCUAGUGUAACUUGGGGUGGGGAAAUGGAGGCGCUGGGAGGGUGGAACAGCAAGACCCCCCCCCCCACUUUCUGCCCUGAUAUCUUGGUGGCUCCCUGCUGCUGCCCACCACCUCUUCUCCAUCACAGAAUCGUAGAAGCAUUGGCAGUCAGAGCUCUCUGGCACCCGGGGGGUGGUCUGGGUCUCAGGCCCUACUUCAUAAACCAAGCUGUGUCCCACAGCCUGACUUGCCUCCCCAGACCCCAAGCUGCCAGGCCAGGUUCCCUGGGAUGCCCAGACCUCCUGAUGGGAUUCUCCCUUCCCACCGUCAGGGUCUCCAUGCUGAUGAGCAGGGAGAGGGUGGGUUCUAGGAGAAUGUCAUCCCUCUCUCUGUGGACUAGACGUGGGGAGAGGGGAGCUGGGGAAGUGUGGGGCAGGAGGAGGGGGCUGUCUUUCACAGGGCAAUGCAAGCAUGCCCACAGCUGGGGAGGGCGGGAAUGUGGCAGCUCCCUGAGCAAGCUGCAGCUGGUGGGAGAACCAGGCACAGGGCUUUGCCAGGGGCCACAGAGGACUGGGAGGCUUCUGGGAUGGGGAAAGGGUGAGAGACGCUAGGACGGGCUAUGGGACCCCAGAGCAGGCAUUCUCAAGAACCCAAGAUAGCAUCAAUUAGCUCAGGAGGCACAGGAAACCCAGAUGUUUCCCAACCUGGAAUCUUUGGUUUCUACUAAGUAAGGGUUGGUGGUGAAUGGUUUCAUUUAUGAAGACUUUUCUCUUUUAAGGGAAAAAAAUGGAGGGCAAAAGCCAGUUAAGUCCUGCUGGCUCUUGGGGGUGAGGCUCAGGUGGCCAGGAUGCAUUUUGUCUGGGUGCGUAGGGGGGUGUUUUUGCCAUCAGCAGUGAUGUGUUUCUCGGGCUGGGGGGCACAGAUGGGAGGAGGAGAAGGACUGAAUGAGAAGUCAUUCCCAGCCUGCAUAUGAGCAGGUUAGUGACGCACAAAACCAACAGGAGGCAGACAAGAGCAUCAGGUUCAAGAUUCCCUCCAUGAAAACAACCAAAAUGAAGAAAGGAGGAAAAAAAAGAAAGAUAAAAAGCAGGACCGGGCUUCCUGCUCCAUUGAACUCGAACCCAGACUGUGCAUCUGCCUUGGGUAUUAUCUGAGUCACCCCAUCACGCCCAGAGAACUGGGAUCCAAAAUAGGCCCCCCCUUCCUCUUUAAACUUCACAGGCAAUGAACCAGAGGCACUGAGACCGACCUGACAACCCUUUGGGAAGCCUCGGGCCCGGGGCUGCUGCGGCUGGGCUGUCCGCAGGUAAAAGCAGAGGAGAGGACGACUGUGGGGAGUGGGGCCGGGGAAGGGAGCAGAGGGAGAGGUAGGGGCCACGGAAGAGGGACAAGUAAGAGCCCGGAGCCCCAGGAAUGGGUGUGCAGAACUGCAGCCCCUCUGUCCCAGCGAAACAAGGAAGAAAUGCCGAGGCUCUCAGAGGCCUCUAGGCUGGACCCAGGCAUCGCCCGCUCCAGGCGUGGGCCACCCUACGCAGGGUUGUCUGGGGAAGUGACUCUGGAAAAUGGAAGAGAGGAGCUCAAAAUCCCGAACAACGAACACCUGCACUUAGAAAAUUAUGGACAGCUUCUGCCAACUCCCCACACCUCCCACCCCGGUGGUACUGUGUGUGAUUAACUCCUGGAGAUGCCUCUAUGUGUGAAUUCUAUUUUUAUAUUCAUAUGUUGAGAUCGGCCUUGUGGUUUCUCUGUCUUCAGAGCACCCUUCUCAUAAUUACUAUCGUUAUUUUUAUUGUCACAACCACCUCUGUGCUCUGAGGAGGAUACACGGUGGUCUACCACACAGACCUACAAGGAAGGCGAUGGAGUGAAUAUUUAUAUCACAUAAUUAUAUCAUUAUUGUAUCUCUUUAUUUCUGUUCUAAA